AUGGGCCUAGUUUUGAGGGACUGGCCAAGCGUUUGUGGACUUGGGUUCAACCGCCAAGAAACUGGGCUAGCCUUAAUGGUCCCGAGCGCUAGUGACUUAGACAUGGGAGCCAUGUAUUCGGGCAUAGCCGCUAGGGAUACUGGCACAGGCACCGAUGUCUUGGGCUUAGCCUCUGGGAGCCUGGCCCAACUGCUGGGGAUCCGGUCUUUGGUCAGAAUUAUGGCUUGUGAAUCAGCCAAAGCUAUCUGGAACUUCCUCAAAGCUGAGUAUCAAGGAGAUGAGAGGAUCAGAAGCAUGAAGGGGCUAAAUCUGAUCACAGAAUUCGAGAGACUGCAGAUGAAGGAGUCUGAGACAAUUAAGGAGUAUUCUGAUAAGUUGAUAAGCAUUGCAAAUCAGAAGAUUCUUGUCUCAUUGCCUGAAAGGUUUGAGGCAACCAUUGCCUCUUUGGAGAAUACCAAGGAUUUGUCUCAGAUCAAGUUGGCAGAAUUGCUAAGUGCUCUGCAAGCACAAGAGCAGAGGAGGUUAAUGAGGCUGGAAGGAAGUACAAAAGGAGCUUUGCAGGCCAAAGAACAGCAAAAUGUAGGAGGGAAAGGCAAGAAGUGGAAAGGGAAGAAACGAAAUGGCAGUAGUGGUUCAGAAGCUGCUGCAGGAGAGAACAGUGCAUGCAACUCCAAGAACAAUUGGAGAAGGUAUUCCUCAUGUCAGCACUGUGGAAAACAGAAUCAUCCACACUUUAGGUGUUGCAAGAGGCCAGAUGUAAGACGCAAAAAAUGUCAUAAGCUUGGACACAUUGAGAAGUUCUGCAAAGUGAAGGGAGAUCAGCAGCAAGGUGAGGCACAUGCUGCAGUCCAGCAAGAGGUAGAUCAACUGUUUGUUGCCUUUUGUUUCUCCUCUAGUACUCCAUGUGACAAUUGGCUUGUUGAUAGUGGUUACACAAACCACAUGACAAUUGAUGAAAAGCUAUUUAUAGACCUUGACAAGUCAUUGAAGUCAAGAGUGAGGAUUGGGAAUGGGGAGUACUUAGAAGUGAAAGGUAAAGGGACUAUAGCAAUAGAGAGUUGUGGUGGAACUAAGCUAGUUUCUAAUGUGAUGUAUGUGCCUGAGAUUAAUCAGAAUUUGCUGAUUGUGGGGCAGUUGGUAGAAAAGGGAUUUAAGGUGAUAUUUGAAGAGGGGAAGUGUUUGAUCUUUGACUUCAGUGGUUAG